AUGACGGUAGUGUUAAUACUCUGGAGAUAUCUAUGUCCUCUCCUUGUGGUCAUUCCUGGAGUGCUUUCAGUCCCCUCUGCAGCAGCUUUGAAUGAGAAUGUAGCAGCUCCCGCCGACCCAAUUCCGCAAACGCCAGCUGGUAAAGUGGGGACAGAUACUGAACUAGACUUUGCCGUAUUGUCCAACGACCCAACUCAGCAAACACCGGCUGGUAAAGUGGAGGCAGAUACUAAACUAGACUCAUCAGCAGCGUCCGACGAAGCAUCAGUAGCGCCCGACGACCUAACUCAGCAAACGCUACCUAGUACAGCUACAGGUAUUGAAAAGGACUCUGCAGCAGUGACCGACGACCCGACUCAGCAAACGCUAGCUAGUAAAGCUACAGGUAUUGAAAAGGACUCUGCAGCAGUGAACUACAAUCCGCUUUUUCAAAAGCCGGCUAGUAAAAUAACAAGUAGGAAAAAGGACUCUGUAGCAAGUAAAGAAUCAGGUGGAAAAAAGGAUUCUGCAAAAGCAUCCGACGGCCCGAUUUCGGAAACGCCGGCUAGCAAAAUUAUAGUCACCAAAGCGUCCGACGACUCAAAUUCGGAUACGCCGGCUAGUAAAGUUACAGUUGUCAAAGCACCCGAGCCGUCUACACCGUCUGGUAAAGUUGCAAUUUACAGAGGGUUCGAUGAAAACCCGAACAUGACCGUGAAAGACUCCAUAGUGCAAAGCGAGUUUUAUGGCGGGCCUCACGGAAAAGAAUUCUCGGACAAAAAUUUUGUCAAUUCGGGUCAAACCAUUAAAUCUGUCUCUAUUUACGCUGGCAAGCGUUUUGAUGGUAUCACAAUAGAGAUCUCAGAACCCAAAGCAAUCACUCGCACGCACGGCGGCACCGGUGGAACACGAAAGGAGCUCCAGCUUCGUCACGGCGAGUACAUCAACUUGAUGGAAAUUCACUGGAGCAAACAUGAAGGCCGCACGCGGAUAUUUUUUGUGAAACUCGUCACGAGCGCGGGGAACUCGUUAUCGGGGGGGUCUGGUGAUGAGGUCGACGCGUUGGGAGCGAUAUGGGCAUAUAUUCCUCUUGUCACGCCCCCUCCAGCACUCCCGCCUGCUGUUACUGAUAAAGACUCACCAGGCCCAGGCGAAUCUGACGAUCUUGCAGGAAGCUUAUCGGAAGUGAAGAUAAAGCAGAAUAAGAGGGCUGUUCAAUUGAGUGAUUCGUUUGGUGGGCCUCACGGAACACAAUUCUCUGAUCAGCUCGCUAUCACUUCUGGAAUGACCAUCGCUUCCGUCACGAUUCGUGCGGGAAAGCGUGUUGACGGUCUCAGGGUUGAAGUGUCUGGGCCCAAGCAGAUGACAUUCGUUUAUGGCGGGAAGAAUGGCAAGGACAAUACUAUUACGCUUGAAUCAGGUGAGUACAUCACGACCAUGGAGGUUCACUGGGGUAAGAAGAAUGGUCACACGCGCGUCUUUUACAUUUGCUUGAGUACGAGUAAAGGUAAGAAAGUCGCUGGUGGAUCGCAGACAUCCAACAAGGGGUCGGUGAUAGCGCCCAAGGGCUAUCAGCUCGCCGGCUUUUUUGGUCGGUAUAGCGACGAGAUUGACCUUGUGGGUGCCGUGUGGUCAAGUAUUGCAGUGGUUGAUGAGACAUCCGUUGUGGUGACGCCUGACGACAAUAUUGUACUCAGUCAGCUGUUUGGAGGCCCCCACGGCAACGCAUUUUCGGAUAUUGACAAAGUCAAGUUUCAGCAGACGAUCAGCUCUGUUACGAUUCGAUCACAAAAGAGACUUGAUUCUAUAACGCUGCGCAUUACAAAACCCAAAGUCGUAGUUUUGAAUCACGGUGGUCAUGGUGGAAAGGAGCAGACGCUUGUUCUUGGUCCAGAUGAGCAUAUCACGUCUGUGGAAGCUCACUGGGGUAAGGAAAAUAAACAUACGCGAGUUUUUUACAUUUGUUUAACGACCAGUGCUGGCAAGACGCUUUCUGGUGGAACUAAAACCGAAAGUACGGGUGUUCUAAAACCUCCCGAAGGAUUUGUGUUUGGUGGGUUCUUCGGCCGCGCUGGAGAUGAAGUGGAUCAACUUGGUGUAAUAUGGACCAGAAAGACGGCGAAGGAUAUUUUAGUUACAGAUGUACCGGGUUUGGGAAUUGACACCUAUGGCUCAACGAUUCGCAACUGGGUAGGCCCUACUAUCACUCAAACCAGUGACAAUUCGUGCUACCGUAGGACGUAUGACUUUGACAGCAAAAACAUUUGCCCGUUAGGCUACGGCAAGGACGGUUUAGAUUGCAUCGCCCAAUGUCCGAUGUCAUACCCGGUUGAGUGUGGUCUGGAGUGUAUUCCUCAAAACGAUGAUUGUGCGCUCGCAGUUCUCACUAAAGUUAUGGCAGUUUUCGACGUGGCACUAAACUUAGCUACUGGUGGUGUAUUUGGCCACAUUUUUAGUACCUACAAAAAGGCGAAGUGGGCUGUCUUGUGCAUUUCAAAUCUUGUCAAUGUGAUCAAAAGUCUACUUUUCUAUCUUCGCUAUCGACAAACCACAGCACCAGAAGGUGGUCCAGAAGAGUUGCUCACCGCCGCCUACCAGGCAAAUGUUGUUUUGCUGGAUCUCCCUAUAGCUGUAUGCGUUUGCAUGAAUAUCAAGGUCCCGAAGACCGCCAUAUUUAGCAAUUAUGUACUCAUGACCGUGCAAGGUAUUGUGAAGCAGGCGAUCACCAAUGGCGAGAAGAUUAUUGCGAGUGGAGAUAAUGUGAUGCAGUUACUCUCUGGGAAUGGUAUGGCAAAAGAGUCAUCACAAAUGAAAGUGGCUGAACUGGAAGAUCUAGUCAAACAGAACUCAACCUGUGGCUGGGAGCUGAAGCGUCUAACUGAUCGCGUCACCCGUGCUGUUCUCAAGUACCGCAGUACCGGAGAUUCCACUGCUGAUGUUCGGACGAAGGUGUACCGAUCUUCUAUUGUGCUGAAUGAUAUUCCUAUUAUCACGAACAAUUGUAUGACUCAACUAUUGAUUGAAAAGACUGAAACGACAGCGUACCAAACACGUGAUCUCAUUCGAAGGACCUUUGGCGUGAUUAUUGACCAGCUCAUUGAUAUUGGUAAAACCGACAAUGGGUCGCACGUAGCCGAGGACGAGUAUAUGCUCGAAGUGGCCAAUAUGGGUCUCACUGCACUUUCAAUCAUCGAUCCCUAUGGUAUUGCGUACAUGGCUGCACAGUUUGUACAACCUAUAUGUGGACCAACUGCGUACCUUGGUGAAAUUGACGAUGGAACAGUGCACGAUGCAUUAGGACUAACAAUCGUCGACGAGGCAUUUGAAGGUAGUUACGGAUCAUACACCCACGCAGGUGAUGGCGUUGUUCGUCUUAUUUUUGAAAGCGUCGAUACAAAAGAUGUGACUGUUGUCGUCCGUUCUGGUGGCGAUGAAUACGCAGAAGUCGACGUUGGUGCAGGUGACAUUACUUCAUGGGAGGGCACUUUUCCGGAGUUAGAAGACAAGACCAUGUAUUUGGAUCGUUGGCGUCCUAGUAUCGUAGGUAUACCGUUAUCAACUGGUGGUUCAUUAUUGCUAUGGAUUCCUCGAUCGUCGGAAGGAGGUCAUAUUACACUACACGUGCGAAUUAACUAA